AUAAGAAGGGGUUACUCACGGUGCUUCGGGACGAGGGGCGCUGUAACGGCCUGUAUUGCUGCCGGGAGGGAGUGUACUGAGGAUUCUGGUCGUUGACUGGCCGAAGACCCCGUCGCGCCUCAGCUGGUCGGGAGGGCCAGCUGCAGAGAAACUAUGAUGCGCAUGCCCACCAAUGUGGUCGAUACAUUCCUGCUCCGAGAAGGGGUUCUCGGAUGCCAAUGGCCCUGGCAACGAUUGUUGAAGCACUGCGUAGCCCAGAGAAGUCAGCCAAUCGGUCCUACCCAGUCGGGCGUACUGUUGAACAGGCGAUGUGGGACAGAAACGGAAAACGUGCACCCUGGCCGACGAAGAGUCUCUGCUGGAGCUGUGCGCGGGACGGUCGUGGUACAAGGCUCCGCGAUCGGGUUGUUGGGGGGAGGGGGGAGGGGGUCCAAGAACGCACUACAUGAGUGCGCAGACAGAGAGCGAAGGGACCCGCAGUGUGUAGCGAUGAAUAAAGGAAGCGGUGGAGAGCUGUCGCGCGGCAGCGCGCUGCAGAGCAAUAUAAGAGGGAUAUGCGGGAGGAAUGUGAAAUCAAUAAUGGAAGAAUGCGGAGAAAGGCGCCAGUCGAGGGCUCGAGAACAAGGCGCCGAGGGACAUGAGGAGGAAUAAGAAUGGCUUGUGCACUCGGCGAGACAUGGGGCGCGGUGGUGAGUGUUUAAGGCUGACUUACCUUGAUUCAUUAUUGCAGCUGCUUCUCAUGCGGGACUGCGCACCCUCCUUUUGCAGCACUGCUCCUACUGGAACGGCUGCCACUCAGGCUCAGGCUGCCUUGACUGCGAAUCCGAGUCGCUGGUUCUGCUGGCAACGGCGCGCCGGCAGUGGCGAGCGUCCUGGUCGCUGACGGUGCUGAUCCCGCCGCUGACUCUGAUAGCCCGAUCUGGCGUCGACUCGAGCUCUUUCGCGGGGACGGGACCGUUGCGAUCAAGGCGUUCGCGACACGGGCCCAA